AAUUAACUCAAAUACUGUAGUCAUGUCUUCACUAUCAUCCAACUCACUCCUUCGUGACUUAGAAGAUCAAUUACCAUCCAAUUAUAAAAAAGAAAGAAAAGAUUUGCCACUAAAAGAGAUCCCAGGAGGUUAUGGCUUGCCCUUUUUCGGUGCCAUUAAGGAUCGAUGGGAUUUCUACUACAACCAAGGUCAAGAUGGAUUCUUCCAAGCCCGAAUGACCCAAUACAAAUCUACAGUCUUCAGAGCCAACGGACCACCAGGCCCUUUCAUGGCCAAAAAUCCUAAGGUCAUUGUCCUUCUCGACGCUGCAAGUUUUCCCAUUCUCUUCGACAUGACCAAAGUCGAGAAAAAGAAUGUCUUUGAUGGAACUUACAUGCCUUCUACUGGCUUUACCGGUGGUUACAGAGUCCUCUCCUUUCUCGACCCCUCUGAGCCCAAACACAAAGCCCUCAAAGGCUACUUCCUCUCUGUUCUCUCUUCCAAACACGACAACUUCAUCCCUCUCUUGCGAAAAUCCUUAACCGAGCUUUUCCACACUCUCAACUCAGAAUUGUCAUCAAAGAAAGAAGUUCAGUUCAACCCCAUAAGCGACACCUACUCAUUCGAGUAUGUAUUCAAUCUCUUCUGUGGUAAAACUCCAAAAGACACCAUCUUAGGGUCUCAAGCAAACACCAUUGUUGACACGUGGCUUGUCCCACAAGUGGCUCCACUUAUAACCAUAGGUGUAUCGAAGUUCCUACAAUUAGCGGAAGAUCUUCUCAUUCACACAUUCCCAAUACCACCUUUCCUUGUCAAAUCAAAGUAUGAUAAAAUAUACCAAGCUUUCUCCACCUCGGCCACCAAAGUUUUGGACAGAGCAAAGGAAUUCGCACUCGACAAAGAAGAGGCUUGCCAUAACUUGAUUUUCCUCGCGUGCUUUAAUACCUAUGGAGGCAUGAAAGUCCUCUUCCCAAACUUGUUCAAGUGGAUAGGUCGAGCAGGGCCUAGUUUGCAUGCCCAACUGGCUCACGAGAUCAGAAACAUCGUUAAGCAAGAAGGAGGGGUGACUUUUGCUGCCAUAGAGAAAAUGGUACUGACCAAGUCAGUGGUGUACGAGGUUUUAAGGAUUGAGCCUCCGGUUCCAUUCCAGUACGGCCACGCUAAGGAAGAUUUAGUCAUCCAAAGCCAUGAUGCGUCAUUUAAGGUCAAAAAAGGGGAGAUGAUGUUUGGGUAUCAACCGUUUGCGACAAAAGACCCGAAAGUGUUUGAAAAUGCAGAGAAGUUUGUGGCUUAUAGGUUUAUGGGGAAAGGUGAAGAAAAUCUAAAGUAUGUGUUUUGGUCUAAUGGGAGAGAGACUGAAGAUCCUACCGUGGAUAAUAAACAGUGUCCUGGGAAAGAUUUGGUUGUGUUGAUGGCGAGGGUAUUGUUGGUGGAGUUCUUUCUUAAGUAUGAUACAUUUACGUGUGUGGAUGAGCCAUUCUUGUUGGGUACAAUGGUUACAUUCACAUCGUUGACCAAGGUCUCUAAGUUCCUUAUCUAGAAUUAAAUGUAAUAUUACGUACUCUGUGUUUUUUAUGUAUUUUGUGCAUGUGAGUUUGUUUGUUUGUUUGUUUGUAUUUUGUUUUUAUUUUUUUUUAUAUAUAUAUAUGUAAUGAAUAAAUAAAAGAAUAAAUAAAUAUAAGUAAUAAACAAAA